AAAGGAAAGGAAGGUGUCUGAAUGCCUAUAAAUAUGACUUCCUUCUGGACCGUAAUUAACCACAAAGAGUAGCAAAGAAAUGGCGUCUGCCACCACGAACCCCCGCCUACACUCGCUCAGACGGCUGCGCCGCCGGUUGCCCAACCGCGUAUUCGCGGCGGUUUACACCUUUGUUAUAUUGGCCUUGUUCUACCACCAUGCACUCACCCUCCUCCACUUCACCACCUUCACAACUUUCUGCAUAUCCCUCACUAUGUUCGUAUCUGAUAUUAUUCUAGCUUAUAUGUGGUCCACAACCCAAUCGUAUCGAAUGAAUCCGGUGACCCGACAAGAAUUCCCCGAAAACCUCGAAAAAUUCUUGGACCGGAAAGAUUUUCCGGCCAUGGAUAUAUUUAUAUGCACUGCAGAUCCAUAUAAAGAGCCACCUAUUAACGUUGUUAACACGGCUUUAUCAGUUAUGGCUUAUGAUUAUCCGACAGAGAAACUGUCGGUUUAUUUGUCGGAUGAUGGAGGAUCAGAGCUUACACUAUUUGCUUUCAUGGAGGCUGCUGAAUUUGCGAGAAUUUGGUUGCCUUUUUGUAGGGAAAGUAAUAUUAUAGAAAGAUGUCCAGAUGCUUAUUUCAGCUCAAAUUAUGCUCAAAACCCUAAGACUCUGGAAAUUAAGGUUUUAUUAAAUGCCAACAAGGACAAAGAUAAUAAGGGACAGCCGAUGCCCAACCUUGUAUAUGUCUCCAGAGAGAAAAGAAGGACCAGUCCACAUCAAUUCAAGGCAGGAGCCCUCAAUGCCCUUAUUCGUAUCUCGGGAAUCAUGACCAACGCACCGAUUAUCUUAACUCUGGAUUGUGAUAUGUAUUCGAAUGAUCCUUUAACGCCUCAACGAGUUCUUUGCUACGUUUCGGAUAAGUCGAGUCGGCCAAAUUUAGGAUACAUUCAAUUUCCACAACUCUAUCAUGGGCUCAACAAGGCCGAUAUCUACGCGUCUGAGUAUAAAGGUUUGUUUCAAAUAAAUCCCGCUGGCAUGGAUGGACUGAGUGGGCCUAACUAUGUUGGGACUGGAUGCUUUUUUCUUCGACGUACAUUUUUUGGUGGCCCAUCAUCACCUGCUCAGCCAGAAAUCCCCGAGCUCAGCCCAAAUUACAUUGUGAGCAAGCCCAUAAUGGAUCAAAAGAUUUUGGACCAAGCCCACCAUGUUUCUGGAUGCAAUUAUGAGAACCUAACCAAUUGGGGUUCGAAGAUGGGGUUAAAGUAUGGCUCUUUGGUAGAGGAUUAUUACACUGGAUACCGGCUUCAAUGCGAAGGAUGGAAGUCCAUAUUUUGCGAUCCAAAGAGGCCAGCAUUUUUGGGCGACGUGCCGAUAACUCUCAUUGAUGUUUUGAACCAGAACAAGAGAUGGGACAUUGGGCUGCUAGAAGUGGGCUUCUCAAAGUAUAGCACAUUAACUUAUGGUAUCCGGACCGCAGGGAUUUUAGUGGCCCAAGCCUUUGGACAGUAUGCAUUCUGGGGCAUUUGGUGUUUUCCAAUUACAUUCUAUGCUUUCAUCCCUUCACUCACUCUUCUCUAUGGAAUUCCCAUCUUUCCUAAGGUAUCUGAUCCUUGGUUCCUUGCAUACAUUUUUCUAUUUCUUGGUGCCAAUGGAAAAGACUGCUUAGAUUUCGUAUUAGCCAAAGGCACAUUCCGAAGAUGGUGGAGUGAUCAAAGAAUGUGGCAUAUGAGGGGAGUUUCAUCACAUUUAUUUGGAUCAAUAGAAUUCAUAACCAAAAGAUUGGGCAUCUCCACACAAGGAUUCAAUGUGACAAGCAAAGUAAUGGAUGACGAACAAAGUAAAAGAUAUGAUCAAGGAAUAUUUGAAUUUGGAGUAGAAUCCCCUAUGUUUGUGACAUUAGCAAUGGCUGCAACUUUGAAUUUAAUGGCCUUUUUCUGUGGUGGGAUAGUGCAGAUUUUCAAGGAGAGAAAUUUGGAAGUAUUUUUUGUACAAGUGUUUAUUGCAGGAUUUGCGGUACUGAAUUGCUUGCCAAUAUAUAAAGCCAUGUUUUUUAGAAGUGAUAAAGGAAGGAUGCCCACAAGGACUACCAUCAUUUCUACUCUUCUUGUUGGAGGGCUUUGUGCAGCUUCCUCUUUUAUACUCAAGAUGUGAAAUUUAAUGGGGAUUAUUACUCGAUAACUUCAUGUAAAACUAUUUAAUGUAUUUCUCGGCAUGUUUAGUAUGUAAUAUCUGUAUAUGAUUUAAUAGUACUUUGAAUAAAACUUUAGCAUCUUUUGAUUUU